AUGGGAGCCUCAUCGGUGCCAGCAUCUGUUUCGACAGCCAACUGCCUGAGAAGCCUCGCGACGUCACUGCAGGCCGUGGAGAUUGAGUCGAUAUCUUCAACCUCGCCAGGUAAUGCAAUACAUUUUUAUAUAUUCUUUGUAGGAAAGAAAAAUAAGAAAACUAAGGGAACCGUCUUGUCAUUACAGUCAUUCUUAUCUGAUGGAGAUCAACCACCCCUAGGUGUAACUCAAGUUGCUAAAAAUUUACGAAAUUUAGAUGGAGAAGACAGUGACGACGGAGGCAACGUACUUACUGUUGUUUGUCAACUUCCCACGGCCCCUCGUGCAAGUAGAGUGUAUGACCAUACAAACGUUCCCCAUAAGCCCCCCUUUAUAGCAUAUGUAAACAAUCUGCCCUUUGACACAACUGAUGAUGAUGUAUAUGAUUUUUUUAAUAAUACUAAUAUAAUUUCUGUUCGGCUACCACGAGAAGAUGGUGAAUCCGGCAGGCUUCGAGGAUAUGGGUAUAUUGAAUUUGAGACAAGGGAUGAUUUAAUUCAAGCUCUAAGUUUGCCAGAUCCAUCAAUAAAAGGUCGUCGAAUUAGAAUUGAGUUAUCUAAUGACAGCGAUCAUAAACAUGGGCCAAGAAGAAAUUACGAAACACAUAAUGAUGAAGACAAUACAGAUUGGAGGCGCCAAAAACCAAGAAAUGAUUUAAAUGACAGAGGAUUUGACUUAAAACCACAAAAUUCGUCUGGUGUUGGAAGUUCUUGGCGAUCUCAAAACUACACGAAUAGUAAAAGUAGCAGUAAUACACACUUUCACUCUGAGAAUAGGAACAACAUAAUAGCUGAGCGGCCACGUCUAAAUUUGAAACCACGCACCCUACCGCUACCCGAAAAAGAUAUUUCGUUGAACAACAGUGAAUCAAAAGUUGAUGACAAAAAAACGGCCGAAAAAAUUUUUGGCUCAGCUAAACCAGUUGACACUACCGCAAGGGACUUAGAAAUUGAAAAGCGCUUGUCUGAAAUAAGGAAAAUGGACACAAAACAAAGCGUUUCCGAUGUUCUAACUAAAAAUGUAGAAAAAAUGAACUUGGAAAAUACUGUCAAAAAUGAGCCAAUGGAAACAAAUUGGAGAAACAGACGAAUAAAUGAUGAACCACGAGAAGAAAAAAAAGUUGUGGAUCCUGACGAUGUGGGUGAUGAUAGUGUUAUCGAUAAUGCGAUAAUGAUAAAAUACCAUCAAUAA